AUGACUGUCUCCUUCGCGCAGGAUGAUGAGCACCCGGGAUAUGCUAGAAAUGUCGAGGCCGAGGAGCUAUUGGAGGCCCUGCAGAAUAUUCAGAAUGCUCAGAAUGCACACCCUGACGUGGAAGUCGAGCCGUUCAACGACGGAGCAGGAGUAGCGGAAGGAACCAGCCUCAAGACAGCGGACGAGAAGCACAUCAAUCAUUCAAACAUUGUCGCGCAGUCGCCAGUCGCAGAGACACAAGAGCAAUUGCAGAGUAACAAAUGUCCUCAAGAAGACAGAAUAAAAGGUGGCGCAACUACUACAGGACAAGCAGAGGCAUCUCUUGAGAAUCCAAAAGUUGGCAAUCCAAUAUCCCAUGGCCAGGUUAUAGAUCUAUCGAAACAACUGAAGGCAUAUAAUUUAUCCCCAAGCAGCCUAGAUGUACUGCUGCGAGGGGCGAGGGUCUAUGUGCCUCCCCCUCCGUCAAAACCCGAGCCUACAUCUGAAUACAAAGCUCUCAUGACCCGCCUUCGCCGUGAAGAGGAACUACGAGCAUACGAAAGAAUGACCAACCCGAUUUCACCUAUGGAGACCUUUGCCCAACGAUUCCCUGCCGCCUCCGCCGCUCGCGCCUUCUCCUCAAGCUACCACCAUAUCAGUACCUCAGAUCUGGAUGAUGAUGACGUUACAUAUGCGGAUGUAGACCGACAGAUGGCUUUGAUAUUGAACGUGCUAGUUAGUAUUGUAGCUUGUGCUGGAGCCAUAUGGGUUGUGGCCCGUUGGUGGAGUACACCAACUCGAUUGGCCUUGAGUAUGGGAGGCAGUCUACUGGUCGGUGUUGCUGAGGUUGUGGUUUAUUCUGGCUACAUCAGGAGAGUGGCAGAGGCAAAGGCUAAUGCAAAGGGCGUCAAAGACGUCAAGGAGGUUUUGAAUACUUGGGUCAUCGGAGCUGAAGAUGAUGAAAAGGGAACGGAUGUUCCAGUAGUGAUAAAAGGCGAUACCGAUGCCGCCAGGCCACGGAGGAGGAAGAAUAAUAAUGUGUUAUAA